UUCCGGAUGUAAAGGCCACUUUGCUCUCUCACUCACUCACUCUCUGUUCGUCGUUCUCGGGCUUGAGUACGAACACAAAGGCUAAAACGCGAAAGGGUGCAAAGAUUUCUGUUGAUAGUUUAUCGUGAGAAGAAAAAGUGAGACAUUUGUGAAGAGAUUUGAUCGGAAAUACGGAGAAAGAGAGCCAAAAAAAAAAAAAUGGUGUUGGCGAAGGUUACAUACGAAGAGUUGCGGAGGCAGAGAGUGGAAGAGAACAGGAAGAAGUUGGAAGAACUUCGUCUCCCAUAUCUCUCUCAAAAUCUUAGAGAAGAACAUUCCCCUCUCAAGCCUUCUCCGGUGAAGAGGGCGACACCUCGGAUCGUUCGAAAAGAAACGGUGGCUGUAAGGAGGUCGAGACGCAUCGCCGACAAGCCUGCACCACAAUAUAAAGAAGUCGUCAUUUAUGAGCGAAUUCAGUUGCCUAGAUCUGGAAGGAACUAUAAAAGAAGGGACUUGUCAAACCGGGUAUAUGCUUCUGAUGAGGUCAGGACCUUAGCGAUAGAGAAAGCAGAACACCUUGAAUCGAACCUGGAAGCGGACUAUCCUACUUUUGUGAAGCCAAUGACCCAGUCACAUGUGACUGGAGGAUUUUGGCUGAUAUACGGGCAGGGACUUCCUUCUGGUUUUUGCCGCAGGAAUCUUCCAAGGUCUGAUCAGACUGUGACAUUGAUUGAUGAAAGGGCACAAGACUACCCAACAGUAUACUUGGCUAGAAAGUGUGGACUUAGUGGUGGAUGGAGAGGAUUUUCAAUUGAUCAUGAGUUGGUUGAUGGUGAUGCCCUUGUAUUCCAAUUAAUCAAUCCUACCACAUUCAAGGUGUACAUUAUAAGGGCAAAUAGUUUUAAGGAGUAGAACAACUAAUGAUCUUUGAAGGUCCUGUAUUUUGAUCUUCCAAUCCUAAUCAAGCAAACAGGUGAAGAAGAUUGAUGAUUUCUAGCCCGCUUCUCAAUCGUCUUUUGUUAGUUUUGAAUGGAAACCUGGAAACAAUGUAGUCAUUCAAAUGGAAAAAUGUUAUGUUUGCCAAAAAAAAAAAAGAAAGAAAAUUAUGUAUAAAUACGAUUCUCUUACGAGUCUUGCAAAACAGAGAGUUUCGGACAUUGAAAAUUCUUUUUUUAAAGAGUUAUCUUUACCAAAGUGAAAACUUGAAAAAAAAAAAAAUUAAAAUGGAUGAGGGAAAUGAUUCGCCUGUGGUGAAGCCGAGAACUCAAGUUCCUAAUGGUAUGGACUUAUCUGCCAAGUGACUUAUUUGUGGUAUGGAUUGACAUAAGGGCCUCCCAGGCUGUUGGGGGGACGUGAAAAGGAUAGU